AUGCCGAGCCAACUGGAAGGCGCUAUGGACGCCCUGAUCUCAGUCUUCUACAACUACUCGGGCCACGACGGGGACAAGUACAAGCUGAACAAGGGCGAGCUCAAGCAGCUGCUUCACACAGAGCUCACAGACUUCCUCACGUCGCAAAAGGACCCCCUGCUGGUGGAGAAGAUCAUGAGCGACCUGGACUCCAACAAAGACAAUGAGGUGGACUUCAACGAGUUUGUGGUGCUGGUAGCCGCGCUUACCGUCGCCUGCAACGACUUCUUCCAGGAACAGAAAAAGAAGAACCCCAAGUAG